GUCUGUUUCGGUGUCAUGCCAUCCCCCAUCGCGCAGCCAAGUAAGGUGCGCGCCAGCCUCGCGAUAGUCUCGCGUACAAGAAUCACAGAGCUUCGCUCGCGAACUGGAUGCUGACAGGCGCGCGGUGCGGUCAUCAUGCAAAGGUUACAUUGGAUCCGUUUCUGCGUAUGUCCUAAGAAGCCUCUCCUCCGCAGGACCCACAGGGGAAACAAAAUGCGAGACGUCUAGCAACACAAAAACGCUCUAACUCACGUUUACUCGCCUGUUUGACUACAGCAGGUGUCAAACGAUGGACGCAAGUUUGGGAUUUCCGCGAACGGCAGUGUGUACGCUGGCUCCUCUCGGCGGUAAAGUGGCUUCAUGAGUGUCCAAAGUAACAGUGGAAGUGGUGGUGGAAGUUUGGAGGCGACGCCAUCUUGGUCGCAGCUCUCCUCGUCCCCAACGAUUUCUCAACAACAUAUAACGGCGACCGCCAAGAGCAAGGAAGGCCCCAUGGAGGAGCUGCACAGCCUGGACCCCAGGAGACAGGAGCUGCUGGAGGCCAGGUUCACAGGAGCUGUCACUGGCAACACAGUAGGCAGCACUGGGAGCACCAGUGGAGGUGCUAAGGGUCUGGCCAAUGAGUCCUCUAAUCACAGCUAUGGCAGUCUGGGCUCAUCUAGCGACAAGGAGUCAGAGAACUCUGAUUUGAAAAGAGGGAGCUCCCCUGCCUACUCAACCCCAGAGAAGAAGCAUUCUGAAUCGUCUAGAGGGAGGAAAAGGAAAGCUGACACAUAUUCAGAGAGUAGUCAAGGGAAGACCUCUACACGCGGACCCAAGAUCAGUGACUACUUUGACUUCCAGGGUGGAAAUGGUUCCAGUCCAGUCAGAGGCCUCCCAUCAGCUCGCCGCUCUCCACAGAACUCGCACUCCGCCCCAGGCUCAAUCGUGCGACAGAAUAGCUCCUCACCUACGAGUUUGUGCUUUGGGGAACACAAUCCCAAAGCCUCUUCCAGCAAGUGUGUCCAGACGGAGUUAACAGGCCUGAAACUUGCUGCUCUGGAGAGCAACAAGAGUCUGGACCUUGAGAAAAAGGAGGGGCGAAUAGAUGAUCUGCUCAGGGCUAACUGUGACCUGCGAAGACAGAUAGAUGAACAACAAAAACUCCUGGAGAAAUACAAGGAGAGGCUCAAUAAGUGCAUCACCAUGAGCAAGAAACUGCUCAUAGAGAAGCUCUGCUUUGGUCCACAACCCCUGAGGGAAAAAUUCUGUCCCUGGAGCACCCAGGAGAAGCAGUCGUGCCGCGAGAAGAGCAUGCAGGACCGUCUCCGUCUCGGUCACUUCACUACUGUCAGACACGGGGCGUCCUACACAGAGCAGUGGACUGACGGAUACGCAUUCCAGAACCUGAUUAAGCAGCAGGAGGGAAUCAACCAGCAGAGAGAGGACAUAGAGCGACAGAGGAAGCUGCUAGCUAAAAGGAAGCCUCCAAACCCUGCAUCUCCUUCCCUCUCAGUGGCCUCCACCUCUGAGCCCAAGCAGCGCAAAACCAAGGUGGUCAAUGGCAACGACUCCGACCCCUUCCUCAAGCCCUCCUUGCCCCAGCUGCUGACCCUCGCUGAGUACCAUGAGCAGGAAGAGAUCUUCAAGCUUCGUCUUGGACAUCUGAAGAAGGAGGAAGCGGAGAUCCAAGCAGAGCUGGAGCGGUUGGAGCGUGUGAGGAAUCUUCAUAUCAGAGAGCUGAAGAGGAUAAACAAUGAGGACAGCUCGGCAUUUAAAGACCAUCCUACUCUGAAUGAGAGGUACCUGCUGCUGCACUUGCUGGGCAGGGGCGGCUUCAGUGAAGUCUAUAAGGCUUUUGACCUGUUUGAGCAGCGCUACGCAGCUGUUAAAAUCCACCAGCUCAACAAGAACUGGAGAGAGGAGAAAAAGGAGAAUUACCACAAACAUGCAUGCAGGGAGUACCGGAUACACAAGCAGCUGGACCAUCCCAGAAUAGUCAAACUGUAUGACUAUUUCUCCCUGGAUACUGACACGUUCUGUACUGUCCUGGAGUUCUGUGAAGGCAAUGACCUGGACUUCUACCUGAAGCAAAACAAGCUGAUGUCAGAGAAGGAGGCACGCUCCAUUGUCAUGCAGAUCGUCAGCGCCCUGCGGUACCUCAACGAGAUCAAACCCCCCAUCAUUCACUACGACCUCAAACCUGGUAACAUUUUAUUGGUGGAUGGUACCGCAUGUGGAGAAAUCAAAAUCACAGACUUUGGUCUGUCUAAGAUUAUGGAUGAUGACAACUACGGAGUGGACGGGAUGGACCUCACAUCACAGGGAGCAGGCACCUACUGGUACCUUCCUCCAGAGUGUUUCGUGGUGGGGAAGGAGCCACCGAAAAUUUCCAACAAGGUGGAUGUCUGGUCUGUGGGAGUGAUCUUUUUCCAGUGCCUCUACGGACGCAAGCCCUUUGGUCACAACCAGUCACAGCAGGAUAUUCUACAGGAAAACACCAUCCUCAAAGCCACAGAGGUCCAGUUCCCUGCUAAACCGCAGGCAAGCACAGAGGCCAAGGCAUUUAUCCGACGCUGUCUGGCCUACCGCAAGGAGGACCGGUUCGAUGUUCACCAACUGUGCUCGGACUCCUACCUCCUCCCUCACAUGAGACGUUCAAACUCCUCCGGCUCCCUGCAGCCCUCCGCCUCAUCUCUCCCUACCUACUGACUGGCUCUCUCACAUGUCUGACGGGCCUCUCUCCUCAAACCAGGACUGUUCUAAUUGGAGGAUAAUGGAUGUGGAUUUUUUUUUCUUUUCUUUUCAACUUGAGCUGUUCCCAAAUGGAUACAUUAGCAACAGAACAGAAUUAAAUUGCAAAAGAUGAAAUGGAAAAGGGUGAAGAAGUGAAAGGGGGAUAUACUCCCUUUGUUGUACAGAGUUGUGCCCUUGAACUCAACUGUGUGAGAUAUGGGGAAGAACAAAACAGGAAAAGAUACAAGAUAACAGAAGGGAUAUGGAAAGAGAGUGUGAAAGCUGUUUGUAGCAAGAAAUGAAAAUGAUGAAGCAAGUGGCUUUCUUUAUGGACUUUAUUAAAUAACCCCUUAAGGAGACAUUUCAACAGCUGUAGUGGCUUCUGGGUGCCCUGUCCAAGCCCACCUCUCUUAGCUCAACACCAUAAUACAGAUCACAAGAUGGCUUAGAAUUUCUUCAACAUAAAGCUGCUGUUAGAGACGUUCUAUUCAUAUCUGAAGGUGGCAUUGACCUGCGGGGAACAGAAGAAGAGGGUGAACUGGUGUGCACUGCAGAGAAGGUCCGAGUGUCUGCUGUAGGUCAAGUAUGGACCACCUGUUCAAGUCAGCUCUGCAGGCCAUUUUCACGAGGCUCAAAGUGAUGGUUGCAUCUCAUUGAAUUCACCCUUGCAGUCCCUCUGCUCAUGACAGGGUUCACUAAAAAGUGAUGUUGGAACUUUGUGAGGGGACUUGAAAAAACAAAAAAAAUGUCCCAGUUGAAAUCUCUGGGGUCAGUUUGCACUUCUGGUCCAGAUCGUGGUGAUCUGGUCUCACAAAUUGGGCAUGAAGUACUGCAGCGUGGGCUAGUUCCAGACUUUUCAAUAGCCACGUCUUCGAUUCUCCUUUUUGUUUUGUUGCAAAGCAAUUCAGAUCUACUGUUGGGUUUACAGGAAGUGGAUUUCUGAAUCUGUCUUAAUCCAUUGUUCAGAUAAAAUAUUCAAAUAGAUGAGUAUUACAGUACCACAUUUUCAUAAACAUCCUCAUCAAAGAUGUCUGAAGAGAGUUGGACUGAACUGGGGGGAUUGGAUCUGCUGUUACUGUACUGCAAAGACUCGGGACACAGUUUAGUGUACAUUUCAUGUGCAGGAGACAUUACUCACUAGCAAAUACAUUAUGAUGAUGCUUAUCCUUGCUUCCCAGUGUCUCACUUUGGUCUGUUUAUUUGUGUUUCCUCCUGAAAGCUCUUCUCAGUUUGCUGCUAUAAAUGUUGCUUUUAGUUUCUAACAUGUGAAUGGUUUCUGCCUGGCAUAUGUGCAUACUUGAACUUCGUUAAGAAGAACACUCUCCAGAGCCCCCCUUACUGAAACAGACACCUGCUGUGCUGUCCACAUGGGCCUUUGUUUACUUCCAUGUACACGUCCAACAGAGGACAUGUGGAGCAAAGUUCCACUAGGCUGUGCGCAGACGAGUGGUCACACCUGUUCAUGCCAGUGGAAGUGGGCACAAUCCAGGUUGGCUGAGCUGCAGAAUGAUUUACUGCAACUAGAAAUCAAAUGGAUAUAUCCUAAUGUUGUCGUCCUGUAAAUAAAGCACUUACCUUUAAGUUGUGGUGAUAUCUUAAACCCUCUUAAAUGAAGGCAACCUGGACUCUGCCCAAAGCACAACCAGUGGCAACAAAGAGAAAUCCUCCUGGGUGACAAGUUAGAUAAAAGACAAGUGGGAGCAUUUAACAGCAAGUUGUGGGUGUCUCAUCUUCUCUCCUGCUUUAUAGAUAAGUCUUAAUUGAUAUUCUGUGUGCAACCGUUUAGAUGAACAAAAAAACAAACCCCAGAUGUAGUUUCAGUAACAUGACAGACAAAUUAAACUGCAGGAAGUACCUACUUUCAGCUUGCUGCUCCCCAAUGAAUGCAAGUGAUGAAGUGCAGUGACACGUAAAGUUUGUGUCCAGGUUGAUGAAUUGUAAUUUGAUCCACUGGGGUGCAGUAAGACAUAAAACAUAUACCCUCCUGUCUAGUUUUUUUUUUCUCUCUCUCUUCUCCCUGACAAAACAGUAGAAAAUGGGUGCUAGCUUCAAGUGUAUACACCACAUGAUUAACAACAACCGUGUGUAGACAGAUCUGAGUACAGCCAUUAGUAAGCUACGUGUUGAAUCACAUUAGCUGUGGGGGUGCAGCGCUAGGCUGUGUCAUUCAUAUGCAAUAAAGAUUGCCUUAA